GUUAGGUUGACGAAUGGAAACCAACAUAGGACUACGAUUUAAAAAAUUGGAUUAUUUGAUCAUCUGACUGGGUUUAACAUUACAAGAACGGACACGGAGCACGUUCAGGGGAUACCGCGGAUUAUAUUGUUGAUUUUUGAGCCCGCCGUUUCACGUUUGGAUGGGUUUCGCACAUAGGUCGCGCGACAGAUUAGCCGCGGCGUGUUGAGACCGAGUUCAAGAAAUCACAAGUUGCACGCGAGAGAGGAAGACCCGUCCGCUCGAUUGUUACUGUUGCCCGCGUAGAGAUUUGGAUACUUUCAAUGGAUCUCCUGUUAUGACGUAGUUGGCGUUUCGGUGUUUAUUGAUAAAUUGUUGCCUCAAGUGUAUACAUCUGAAGAAAGAGGCCCCCGAAUUAUCUGUCUAAAUAAUAAUUUAAUAUUAAUGACUGGCAUCCACUGCAUAUUUGACAGAGUGAGCGGAUUGAAGACAUUUGUCUGACCACGAUUGUUUAUGUGAUUGUGUAUAGUUCAGUUUCACAGGACAACCAGGCAGUUUUAUGAAACAACUUUAGAAUACCAUCCAUGUCCCACAUUUUUAUCUCAUUAUUUAUUUAAAUUAUUCUCAACUGUCGGGAUAGACUGAUGGCUUUUGAUUGUGGAGGUGGUUGUUCUGUUUAAAAUCAAUAUUUCACAUGUAUUAUUUGUAAUCUUUCAUGUUUUGAAUGUGUUGAAAAUGUCUGGCACAUCACAAGCACCAAAGAUGAUGGACUUAAUUGAAAAAUACUUGAGCUGCUCCUCCAAUGAUUUUUAAUAGCAUCCUGGACUUCUGAUACCACUUGAAACUGUUUUAAUUAUUGUUGGUUGUUAUUAUCAUUAUCAUAAUAUUGUUGAAUAGGCUUUACUCCUUAAAUAUCCGAAUUGGAGAUUUGUAGUGUGUCCUGCAUGGCUUUUGAAUCUUUGUGAAUUUUGUAGAUAAUAAAAACUUAAUAGAUACUUUAAGAGCGUCCCUGAUUUCAGAAGCGUUUUAAUGUCGGUGGUUGAACACAAGGUGAAAGGUUCUGCUUUUUACAUAGGGGAGGGACACUAUCAUAAACAAUCUGCACUGGAAGUAAAGUUGUCUUGAGAAAGAAAUCCGGUGAAAAUGGCCAGUGAAUGCACCAAUAACACUCCGUAUGGUACUGAUGACACCUUACGCACUACUAAACUCCCAGCGCGCGAGCAGCGGGAACGCGAAGAGAUGUGUGUGAACAGCGGAUGCGCGUCCGUCACAUCUUCUGCCUUCGAAGUAAUCGGCGAAUCUCUUUACCGCAAGAAAUUAGAGAAGGGGUUUGUCCAGUACCGGGAGGUGCUGGCAGAACACAAGCGGCCCCAGUCCAUAGCAGCCUUCCACGAGAAGAGACCGGGCAAGUCGCACCAUACCCUGGAUGACACGUACAGACUGGUGGCCGAGCACUAUUGGUGGGAAGGAAUGUACUUUCAGGUCAGAGACUUUGUCCUUGGUUGUGAGGAAUGCCAACGUAGACCGUCUGAAAUAUCGGAGUGUUCAGAUGUGGAGCUUAUCUCCAGGAUGGUGAAAUCACAUAGUCAUGAAGUCUUAAGAAAGCUGAAUGGUCAGCGGGAGGCAGGGCUCUUCUGUGACAUUACACUGAAAACUGCAGGUGGCCAGUCUUUUGUUGCCCACAAGGCGGUCCUUGCGGCGGUGAGCGAGUACUUUCAGGAGUUAUUUACUGAAACGGACUCCAGCACUAACCCUCAGUCGCAUGUUGACCUCACAGGUUUUAGUGAGCAGAGCUUGCUUGCUUUACUUGAGUUCUCUUACACUUCGACCCUAAAUCUGAAUCUGGACAGCUUGACAGAGGUUUGUGCCAUGGCCCAUCAUCUACGCAUGUGGCCCGCCCUUGAGGCCUGCUCGGCUAUCAAAAAAGAGCGAGAGACAUAUCAGCCAUGUUCCAAAAUGCACAGUACUGCUGGUGAACCAAAUUAUUCAAUGUCUGGGCCUUUCAGGAGAGACGAUAUUUCAACUACAGGAGGGAAAUUGGGAUUCAAGAGGAGGAGAGUGAUUGAGGAAGGAGAAAGCUCUGGGUCUUCAUGGAAAACCCAAGCGCAGUACAGAGAGCACAUUGGUGAUAAGGUGUCAAAUGAAUCUGAAACCGAAACCACAAACCCUCAGCUCCAAUGCCAAGACCCAUCCAGUUUUCAUGUUGAGAAAAAUGGCUUUCCAUGCAGCCCAAACCGUAGAAUGAAACUUAUGGACUUCAAGUCUCCAUCCGGCAAGAGAAUGCCAUCAUCUCGGCCCACAACUUCAGUCAUCUCAUCAUCUUCUUGCACCUCUACUCGUUCUUCCUCUCCAUCACGUCGCCUGCUUCGUUCCUCACCUGGCGCUGCCCUUGCUUUGCGCAGACUCCUGCCCAGAAUUGACCUCUCCACCAAGAGAAAGAAGAAGUCAUCUUCCUACCGGACAUACAAGAACCAUUCUGAAUUCUCAGUGACUACGUCCAAAUCUCAGGCAACCUCUUUGACUCAUUUAACCUCAGUAAAGAUAAAAAAGGAGGAUAUGGAAGAAGAGGUAUGUAACACAGUUUAUCAGGAUGAAGUGUACAGCCCCCGUGCUCAGGAGAAAUACCGUCUUCUUAGUUUCCUUGGCUUGCAGAGGAAAUCUCUCGUUCCUGGUCCAGAGGAACUAUCUGGCUGGGGUCAGAAAAAACGGCUUAGGAAAUCAAAAGUCAGUGAUUAUUCGCUCACAGCCCGACGUAAACCCCGUGCACAAGGAGUCACAUUGGGUUUUGGAACCAGUUUAGGAGCACUUGCAGCAGUUAGUCCUUCUCUGUCCCUCUGUGACAUGAGCAGAAUGGACUUACUGAACAAACCAGGGAAAGUAGAGCCCCAAGAAUAUUGGAAACAAGAAAGGUCCAAAAGGAAAAGACAGGAUUCUGCAGGGCAAGCUGUACAACAAAGUGCAAGGACUACACGUAGCAGGGCUUUGCUGCAGAAAGACUCCAGUUUAGCUACCGAUAAGCAACCUUUCAGAAGUCACCAAAGAAAUAAAGACAAAAUGCAACACCAGCCUGCAAGAAGUGGUAGGCUGCCAGAACUUGAAGGCUGUGCCACUCCGAAAAUAACUAUUCCAAGGAUAAAACAUGAAUCUUCUGAUAAUGCCAUCCUACCACCUAUUCACCAUCGCAAUGCUGCCUACCACCUCCAAGGAAUACAAACUCAUAAAGCAACAGGACAAGCACGCAGGGGUCACCCACCAGCAGAUCGCACAGUAAGGCUAGCCACAACAAAGUCGCAGCACACAAAGCGGUACAAAUCUGGCAGUCCCACAACCGAGAAACCUAAAAGUUCAAAACAAAUUGGAAGCAAAAAAAAAUGCAACUAUGCCACAGGAAUGGCACAAACAAAGCACAGCAGAACUGAAAGAGGAACACUGGUGAAGGGGAACAAAAAGAUGAUAGAAAAUGUAAAAAGAAAAGGGAGCCUUGAAAUUCAAUACGGUGCCAUGAACUGGGAUACCAACCACCAGCAUCUUCAUAGUCAUCCCCUUUAUAAAACCAUAAAGGAAGAGCCAGCUGACCCCAUGCCCCUAACCCAGCCAUACCCAGCCAGCGAUCUCUCAGACCUGGGUAAGCGUCAGAGCAAACCACCGAUCAAACUGUUGGAUCAAGGUUUCCUCUUUGGCUUUUGUCGGCCACCAAGUGGCAUCAAACGGGAGGAGGAGAGUGUGGACAUCUGCCUGACUAGGUCUGUCUCCCAUGGAAGAAGUUCCCAUGGAGAUUCAUCACCUGAAAUGGCAAAAAAAGAUCGGGUGAGGGCCAGGAUUUUGCCAGAUCGAACUGGUCUAAAUGGGCCUCAUUGGGCUGGACUGGGCAACAGACCGACACCCUUUUCUCAAAGGAUUGCUGUUCGAGUGAAGACCGAGAGGGAUGAAACAAGUGUAUCUCAAAGGUUAAAAGUAAGCAGAGUCCCUAGACACCCCCAGGCCAGCAAGAGGAGCUGUAAGGUCAAGAAAGAACCAACCAAGACAAAGAAUGUAAAUAAGCUGCUUCCUUUGAGCAGUCGCCGUUCUGUCCUAUUGGAAUCUAUCCGACAAGCAUGUCUCAAACAGCAGAAGGGUCCUCAAGUUCAGGCCUCCAGUGGAGCACAUGCUUGCCUGCAGUGCAAGGCCUCCUACAGGGACUGUGAUGCACUCAUCAUGCACCGUAUCAGGCACACUGAAGGCAAACACUGGCCCUGCCCGUUGUGCAGUAAAACUUUCUUCAGACAGAGAAAUGUGAGGAAUCACAUAAGGACACAUAAUCCCAAACUCUACAAAUGCCACCAGUGCAUUGCUACUCACUGAGGUGAAAAGCCACAGGAUAAAAAAUGAAGAGGAGAAAAGCUUUGAUUCUUGGAAUAUGAAUGCUGUAAAUACCAAAAUUCUGUGUAUGACCGUGAUGUUCAAUUUAUUAAUGUAAAUAAUAUCCCAAUGGUUUAAAUUAUGUCUUUUCCAUUACAAUAAUAGUUGUUGUUAUUUGAGUAACUAAGCUGAAGUUACUUUGCAGUUGAACCAGAACUUGAAUAAGUGGUGUUUUUUUUUUCUCAGGGGGUGGAGCCUGAUGGUCAUAGUGAUAUAUUUAUAAGAAAAAUUGUGUAGAAUGCUUUAAAUUUGUUACUACGAUUGUUAUGAUUAUUUUUUAUAAAUGGUAUAAUCUUGAGUGCACUUAAUGUUAGCUUUGUUUUAAAACCUAAGAAAGAUGCGGUGGACUGGGAUGUACUUGAAUGAUUGUUGGAGUGGAGCUGAUGGACUACCCUUUAUUUGUGGUUGUCUGGCAAUAUAUAUAUAUAUAUAUAUAUAUUUUUUUUUUUUUAAAGAUUACAGAAAUUUGAGUCGAGUUUUUAAAUGAAAGCUGGGUAAACGAAAGCUUAUAGCAGUCAUGAAACCAUUAACCUGCAUUGAUGAAAUGCCAUUAUUUGGAUGUAUACAAUUUAGUGAAUAUAUUUUUGUUUGACUACAGUCUUUUAGAUAAGGGAAUCCCAACAUGUCUAAUGUGACUUUUUCCCCCUCCUUUGGAUAAUACCUUGUCAAACAUUUUAUGUAUAACUUUCUUUAAAAUACAAUGCAAUUAACUCGUAUGAAGAAGUUUUAAAUGUUGAGGUGUGUUUUGUCUGAAAACACAAAUUUAAAAUGUAGAAUGACCAAAUAGCCAUAAAAAUAAAUUUUGCAUUUUAAAUCUG